GUGAAACGCACUAAGAAUGUAUGUAUGUACCUCUAUGGCUGACACAUUGAUACCUUGUUUUCAAACAUCUGCUUGUUUGAAACAAUUUUUGAAAAUGUUCACAAUUUGCUGGUUUUGUGGAAAGAGAUUUCUGAUUUAUAUUUAGUUGUUUAGUUGCAUUUUUGUUCUUUUUCCACAACGAAACAUUCUAUUCUGAUCUGAAUCAAAUAACAUAAUCAUGUCUUCAAUGUUUUCAGCUCUAAAAAGAUUAACUGGGAGCAGUAAAAUUGAGACGGCAGUUCUAACUAACAAUGGAAGCAAUAACCCCUCAAGUCACCAAUCCAUGUCACAAAACCUGCAGCGGAAAUUUUCCAAGGGAAUUCAAUAUAACAUGAAAAUAAUAAUUAAAGGUGAUAGGAAUACUGGAAAGACUUGCCUUUUUCACCGUUUACAGGGUAAAAAGUUUGUACAGGACUAUAUACCUACUGAAGAAAUUCAGGUUGCGAGCAUUAACUGGAAUUAUAAAACAACAGAUGACGUUGUAAAGGUUGAAGUUUGGGAUGUUGUUGAUAAAGGCAAGAAACGAGUACAACUAGAUGGCUUAAAACUUUCUGAAGAAUUUAUUCCCGCUCUUGAUGCUGAAUUUCUAGAUGUCUACAAAGGAACAAAUGGUGUUAUCCUAAUAUUCGAUAUAACCAAAAAUUGGACAUUUGAUUAUGUUGAAAAGGAGAUAAGAAAAAUCCCUGAUAAUAUCCCAGUACUUAUUUUAGGAAACCACUGUGAUAUGUCCCACCAUAGAACUAUUAAUGUUGAGACAGUCUACUUUUUUAUCGAAUCUCUGGAAAAGGAAAAUAGAUGUGCUCAGUACAGGUAUACUGAAGCUUCUAUGUCAAAUGGAUUUGGUCUGAAAUAUUUGCAUAAGUUUUUUUGUUUACCCUUCCUUCAAUUGCAAAAAGAGACCCUUUUGAAACAGAUUGAAAGAAAUGCUGAAGAAACUCAGAUUACAAUUGAAGAACUUGAUUUAUACCAACAAAGUCCUGAUUCAGAUUAUAAUUUAUUUUUAGAUAAUUUAAUUCAAAAAAGAAGACAAAAGGCUGACUCCUCUGGAGCAUUAGGUAAUAUACCUACAGAUGAUUAUAAUAUGAUUCCCUCUAUCAUUAUUGGUCGUGGAAAACCAAUUGAUAGUUCUUCUCAUGUUAUUCCAACUCUGGGUGGUACCAAUAAUGUACUCCAGCACAACAAUGUGGAUAUUUCCCAAUUUUUUACAUCUGUGGAAGAAUUCAUACCAGAUGGAGGGUCUCUGGAUAAAUCUUUUUUGGAAGAGUCAGUUUCUAGCCCAAAAAUACAGUUUUCCACUGAACCAAAGGUUGAAAGUGACAGUGAUACUGAAACUGGUGAAAAUCCAUUAGUGGCUGGUUAUGAAGAUGAUAUCGAGUCAGAAGAAAAUAUACUAAAGUCUAAUGAUUCUGGACAUGCCUUUGAGAAUUCUCCACCAUGUGUGAGGUCAAGUGCAUGGGUCAAAUUAGAAGAAUCAUCUGAUAAACUAGAAGAUUGGUUAGGAAAUUUAAGCAUUAUUGAUCGAGGAAGCCCUGAAGGAGGUGAGGAUAAUUGUAGACCUGAUUCUCCUAAAUUGAAAGUUGGAAAAAAAAAACAUUCAAAAAAGAAGUCAAACAAAAAUAGUUGUAAAGAAGAUACAAAAACAGAGAAAAAAAGGAAGAAGAAGUCUUCAAAAGUAUCACAAGAAUGUUACGAUGAAAUGUGCAUUCCUCAUGACUCUAUGUAUGAGGAAAUUUAAACACUGCUACAUCAGUGUUAGCUAAUGACUGAUUUUAUUUUUUUUUUGUAUAAGUUUAAUUAAAGUUUUGUUACUG